AUGGCUGCCGCCGAAGAACUUCCUAAACAGUCAUCAAACGACGAGUUGAAGCCACAAGCGUUUCAUGACGAGGAUCUGGUGGUCGGUGACGGCCUGGAUGACUCCAUUGAGACAACGGUGCCCGGCAAAGCUAUCUGGCUGAUAGCGUGCACUGUGUCUAUGGGGGGUUUCCUGUUUGGCUACGAUACUGGUGUCAUCUCGGCCGUGCUUGUCAGUUUGGGAGAUGAUUUGGGCCAGAUAUUAUCGACCAGUGACCAGGAAUUGAUUACCUCUAUCACCUCUGGGGGGGCCCUCAUCGGUGCGGUCCUCGCUGGCUUGACCUCCGACAAGUAUGGGCGCAAGCUAGCCAUCUACGUUGGCUGUGCUGUCUUCUUCGUGGGGACGGUUUUGCAAGCUGCAUCCUUCUCUCUGGCACAGAUGGUGGUUGGCCGAUUGAUCGUUGGCUUUGGUGUAGGUGAGGCAGCCAUGAUCGUGCCUCUCUACAUUGGAGAGAUGGCUCCAGCCCGGUACCGCGGUCGAAUGAUCGUGUUUGACAACAUCUGUGUGACAUUUGGACAGCUCAUUUCCUAUGCCCUGGGAGCUGCAUUUACCAACGUCUCCCAAGGAUGGCGAUAUACCAUUGCUAUUGGUGCUGUACCAGCUGUUGCCCUCGCAGCUACAAUGCCACUCUGCCCUGAGACACCCCGACAGCUGGUCUCCCAUGGCCGAGACGAGGAAGCCAAGAAGGUCAUCGCGCAGAUAUUCCCUCGGGCAACGGAUCGGCAGGUUGCCGCCAAGAUCCAGGUAAUUCGACAUAGUAUUGAAGAGUCCUCGGUCUCGGUGGCAGAUAAGAGUCUGUGGUGGCAGACCAAACAGCUCUUCACCGUGGGAGAAAACCUACGCGCCUUGAUCACUGCCUGUUCCGUUAUGGCCGUCUCACAACUCGGAGGAUUCAACACGUUGAUGUACUACUCUGCCACACUCUUCUCCCUGGUUGGUUUCAACCAAGCCACAGCCGUAUCCAUUGUGGUUGGGGCAACGAAUUUUAUCUUUGGCUUCCCCAACUUCGCCUUCAUUGAUCGAUUUGGCAGACGAUCAAUGCUGCUUGUCACACUUCUAGGGAUGUCUCUCUCUCUAGUUGUCGUAUCGGUCGUCUUCCAUUGGAUCCCUGUCAACUCGGACCUCAGCUUUUCCGGUCCUCGUGAGAUGACCUGGGCGAGUAUCGUCCUGCUGGUUGCCCUCAUCAUCUACAUUGCCUUCUAUUCUUCUGGCGUCGCUCCCAUCUCGUGGGUUGGUACCGAGUUCCUGCCGCUAGAGGUGCGGGCACUCGGGACCAUGGUCAACACAGUCACUUGCUGGGGUUGUAACAUCAUCAUCUCAUCAACGUUCCUGUCCAUGAUGAAGGGUAUGACCCCAAGCGGAGCCUUUGGCUUCUACGCCGGGAUCUGCUUCCUGGGAUGGCUCUUUGUGGUCUUCUGCUAUGCCGAAGUGCACAACAUGCCCCUGGAAUCCGUGAGGGAGAUCUACACGGACGGCUUCGGAGUCAAAAAGGCCAAAGAAAUCCAAAAACAAUUGAAGCAGAUGCGGCAAGAUGAAGAGAUCGCCAAGCAGACUGAAUAAGCGCCGCACCGGGGAUGCUACACCUUUCUUUAAUUGCGUUAUCUACAAUCGAUCCGAUAUUGGGUCGUCAUUGACAGCGUUUGCGGAGGAAGCACUACUGGUGAGUUACAACUAUUUACAGCAGCUUCUACAGCAGACAUACUAAAUCCAAGCGCGGUAUCUGCGCGACCGGGGCUCAGCGCAACAGACUUGUCUUCCACG